AUGCAUGAGGAAAAUAUAUACAACUCUCUGCAGUGGGAUGAUCCACCACCAAACCCUAACCAGACAUGUCUGUCUUCUGCCAAAUGUUCAGGAACAUGGUGUCUUGCGAUGGGGAUUUCAUGUAUUUUCUGCAUGGGAUUUUUAACAACUUCCAUUUUCUUGGGCAUCAUGUUGUUUCAGGUGUCCACUAUGGCAAUGAAGCAGCAAGAAAAACUCACGCAACAGGAGGCAGCACUGCUAAACUGCACACAGAGGGAGAGAAACCCUUACCUUCAGAUGACACGCUGCCAAACCUUGAUCCAAAACUCUUACAGGUCAGCUUGUAACUGCAGCCCUUGUGCAGUCAACUGGAUUCAGAAUGGAGAAAGUUGUUACCAUGUAUUUGAAAGUUGGCAGUUUUGGAACACUAGUGAAAAGAAGUGUUCAGAGAAGGGAUCCACACUUCUACAAAUCAACAGCAAAGAAGAAAUGGAUUUUAUCAUUGGCAACUUGAGGAAGAUCAAAAGAGGCACUGAUUACUGGGUGGGUCUGUCUCAGGACGGACCCAGCAGACCCUGGCUUUGGCAAAGUGGCUCUUCUCCUUCUCCCGACUUGUUGCCAAUACAAAAAUUCCAGCCAACUAAUCAGGCUUGUGGAUACCUCAGAGACAAUUCUCUUUUUACAGCUAACUGCAGCAGUUGGAAGUUUUUUAUCUGUGAAACAUAUGCCUUAAGACCUUCUACCUGA